GCGCUCGCGGGCCGGGAGGGCGGGGGCGCGGCGCUGGCGAGAGCGUGCCCGGUCCCCGCCCCUGUUUCCCACUCUUCCUUCCACCUCUGACCGGCCGGAGCUGCGGAGCGGCUCCGCUCGCUGGUUCCCCGGAGCCGCCGCCCGCUUUCUCCGCCCGCGGUGAGCCCGUCAAUCCCCGCACAACGCGCUCCUCCAUCUGGGCCAUGGAUGGUGUUGUUACAGAUCUUAUAGCAGUCGGUUUAAAGCGGGGAUCUGAUGAGCUUCUCUCUUCUGGUGUCAUUAACGGACCUUCUACCAUGAACAGCUCUACUUCUGCAGCUAAUGGGAAUGACAACAAGAAAUUUAAAGGAGAUAGACCUCCCUGUUCGCCUUCCCGUGUUCUCCAUCUUCGAAAAAUUCCAUGUGAUGUCACUGAAGCAGAGGUCAUAUCAUUAGGUCUACCAUUUGGCAAAGUCACUAAUCUUUUGAUGUUGAAAGGAAAAAGCCAGGCCUUUUUAGAAAUGGCUUCUGAAGAAGCUGCUGUUACUAUGAUAAAUUAUUACACUCCUGUUACUCCUCAUCUUCGAAGUCAGCCUGUUUAUAUCCAGUAUUCCAAUCACCGAGAACUUAAGACUGACAAUCUGCCUAAUCAGGCUAGAGCCCAAGCUGCACUGCAGGCUGUCAGUGCAGUCCAGUCAGGAAACUUGUCCCUUCCUGGAGCUACUGCAAAUGAAGGUACAUUGCUACCUGGGCAGAGUCCUGUGCUCCGGAUAAUUAUUGAAAACCUAUUUUACCCUGUCACUCUGGAAGUUCUCCAUCAGAUAUUUUCCAAAUUUGGCACGGUGUUGAAGAUUAUCACCUUUACAAAGAAUAAUCAGUUUCAAGCCUUGCUUCAGUAUGCCGACCCAGUGAAUGCGCAGUAUGCCAAAAUGGCUCUGGAUGGCCAGAAUAUCUACAAUGCGUGCUGCACUCUCCGUAUUGACUUCUCCAAGCUCACCAGCCUUAAUGUGAAAUACAAUAAUGACAAAAGCAGAGACUUCACUCGCUUAGACCUUCCUACUGGUGACGGCCAGCCAUCUCUUGAACCUCCGAUGGCUGCUGCUUUUGGUGCACCGGGUAUAAUGUCCUCUCCAUAUGCAGGGGCUGCUGGCUUUGCCCCAGCCAUUGCAUUUCCUCAAGCAGCAGGUCUGUCUGUCCCAGCUGUUCCUGGAGCCCUUGGUCCUCUCACACUUACCUCCUCUGCUGUCAGUGGAAGGAUGGCCAUUCCUGGGGCGAGUGGUAUGCCAGGGAAUUCUGUUCUGCUGGUCACCAACCUCAAUCCUGACUUUAUCACACCACAUGGGCUUUUUAUCCUAUUUGGAGUGUAUGGCGAUGUACAUCGAGUGAAGAUUAUGUUUAACAAGAAAGAAAACGCCUUGGUGCAGAUGGCGGAUGCAAGUCAAGCCCAGCUAGCAAUGAACCACCUAAGUGGUCAGAGGCUCUAUGGAAAAGUACUUCGGGCUACACUGUCCAAACAUCAAGCUGUCCAGCUCCCUAGAGAGGGACAGGAAGACCAAGGUCUGACCAAGGACUUCAGCAAUAGUCCCCUGCAUCGCUUUAAAAAGCCUGGCUCAAAGAAUUUCCAAAAUAUCUUCCCUCCAUCAGCCACACUUCAUCUUUCCAACAUUCCUCCUUCUGUCACAACGGAUGACCUGAAGAACCUGUUCACAGAAGCUGGAUGCUCAGUGAAGGCUUUUAAGUUCUUCCAGAAAGACCGUAAGAUGGCUCUCAUUCAGUUGGGCUCUGUGGAAGAAGCAAUCCAGGCUCUUAUUGAGCUUCACAAUCAUGAUCUUGGAGAAAAUCACCACCUCAGAGUUUCCUUCUCAAAAUCCACCAUCUGAGCUCUCUGUGAAAUUGUCUCCUUAUACUGGACCAUAAUCUCUGUAAAAUCUUCAGGCACAGACUGAAGCAGCUCAAGACCAAUUCUGCCUCUUCACAAAAUAACUCUUUGGGAAUUUGACUGAUAUUCAAGAACAUUCAAAACAAGAGAUAGUCCUUUUCUUCCUCUCAUUUUCCCCAACAGUAUAUGAUCAAAUGUUUGCUUUGCCUUUGUAUUGUGGUUUCUAUGAAAAUAACUUUCAGGAAAAAAAAAUCAGGAAAAUAUUUUUUAAAUAAUUUAAUUCCCUGAAUUAGAUUUUAAAAGGACAGAGUUUCUUUCUGUUUGGGUCCAGAUCAGCCUUACAUGACAUUUCUAAACUCCUUUGUACUUUGAGAAAUUUAAACAUACAGACUUUUACAAUUUCUUGAUGUAAUUUAAAUCACCUACAACCAAGUUUUUUUUAACUUUUUGAUUCAGAAGUUUCCCUGUAGAAAAUGACAUUCAUUCACUUAUAAAAAUUAUACCAGAUUAUUUGCAUCUAUUGAUAGUUAUUAUACAUAACUACAUGGAGAUAUAUUGGAACCAGGUUUAUAAACGUGCAUGCUUUCUUUCAGAUUUCUUUUUCCCUCACUGUAGUACACUCCUUUGAAUAAUGUCUAUCUUCUCUUUUUAAGACCAUUUGGAAAAGUAAAGUGUUGCAGUUGUCCCCAGGGAAACAGAAGUGAAAUUCAGCCUGGAUUUAUUACAAUAUCAGCAUAAUUAGUCAUUUUAGAAAAAAAAUCUUGUUUUAAAUUUCAACAUGACACUAUCUAGUAAUGUAAUGUGAUCUUGGAAAAUUUUAAAAGAAAAAUAAUCCUACUUUUUUAUAAUUGUUUUCAGAAAAAAAGUUUACAGUCUUAAGGAAAAAUAUUCAGGUCUAUCAUAUGGUUUGACAGAUUUUUUAAAAGUUAUUUUUGGUAAGGUCUUCUUUUAGAAAAAAAAAAUCUCAAGGGUUUUUUGUACCACUAUAAUCUCUAAUACUCAGAAUUACUGUGUAUUUACUUAAUUUCUUAUUAUGUGCCUUAUUAUGUGCUUAAGAUACAAUAGAUUAGAAUUUUAUCUAAAUAUCUAGAAAGAUAAAUUGUGGGCUUGGUGAGCAUUCUGUUAUUUUUUCCCGUCUUGGAUUUUAAGGGUUUUGGUUAUUUUUGUUUUGUUUUUCUUUUUUUCUCGUUGCAAUUUUAAGUGGUUUUCAAUAAGUAAUAGUUUCUACUCAGAAUUUUGGUGCUUUGGGAUAGUGGUGGGAUAGAGAAGGGUGAGUGGUUUGGGAAUAAAUAACUCAGUGUGCACCUGUAGACCUCUCUAGAUUGGCUACCGUCAGCCGUCAGUGAAGUCUGAGCUGUAGAACUGCAGGCUCGGAUCUGUGUCUGUCUGCCUUUACUGCCCGUUAGAAUUUGUCUCAGGAUUACUUGAUUCUUUCUCAGCACUCAAAUGAGAACUUGAUUUUCUUUGUUAAUGCGACUUCAUUACAGAUAGCCCACAUAUUUGGAGUAUGAGAAAGUGGGUUAUUUUUUUAUAUUCUGACCCUCUUACUUUUUUGGUUGAAUGUAAAAAGUACAUAUUAAUGUGCUUCAAUGAUUGUGUCAUGUAAAAUUACUUCUUUUUAAUAUGAAACUGCUUUUGUUAAUUAUUUCUUCAAUGCUUGAUUGGUUUUUAAAAUACAGAAUUUGUCAGAGGGAUCAAUUUUGUCCACCCCUUCUCACUUUUAAUAAUCUGAGUGGAUCAUCUCAUCUUUUUAAAAUAUCUCAGUCUUUACUUUCAGCCAUUAAUUUGAACAUUCUUUUUUUUAAAAAAAAAAAAAAAGAAAGAAAGAAAAAAUUUUUAUAAGUUGAAAGAGAUAUUAUAGGUUGGUUGAAGUCAAAUCAGAAUUCCCUCAAUACAAAGCAACUAUUGGUAGGCUAGGCAGGGAAAUGCUAGAUUGGGACAUUUCAGAUGGGUUACCUUCAUGUUGGUUGAAUAGUUAGGUAUGAUGAUUUUCCAGUGGGUGUUUUCCCACUUACAUCUGAGGUGUAUUUUCACCUGAAUACUGAAUAAGGGAGGGAAAAAAUUAGGACUGUCUCCCCAAACUUGCUUCCCCCCCCCCCCCACACGGACAUUAUAUUAAUUUUCAGUGGCAUUUUAAAUUGGAUUGCUUCCUUUAUUUUGAGUUGGGAACUACUAUGUAAUAUAUUAAUUCAUGGCAUUCAUAUCAUCCAGCAUAAGUGUAGCAAAGGUUUUUGAGAAUAGAAGGGAAAUCAUACUGGUGUUGAAUGUAAUUCUGAAGUAGGGAUGGCCUUUAAUUAAAUAUGAGAGGGAACAUUGAAAUCCUUUUCAGGGAUUUGUGUAGAUAUGUGUGCGUGUGUAUGUGUGUGUAUAAAUAAGUGUAUAUACAUACAUAUACUCUUUUAAUGUUAUAUAUACAUGUGCACAUUACGUACAUUUUAAUUUAUUGACAAAAUUAACAGUGAUUUGGGAACUAAGAUAUGCUUGUUUUAAAAGAGCAUGUUUGAAGCCAUCAGAUUGUGUCUAAAAUUAGCUGUAGCAUAUGGAUGCUGUCCAUAUUUGAGCUCUUUACUGUUUAUUAUAGAGGUCUACAAUAUUUGUGUUGGCAUAGUUUUCAAUAUCAGGGUGGUGGGAGAGUUGGAUCUGUGUAUUUUUAUUUUGGCAUGCAGUAUUCAGUAUCUUUUAAGCAGUGGUUAAUUUGUGCUGUUGAUGCCUUGCUGAGUUAAUCUACUUUAUUUUUCACUUUUCAAGGUAUCCUGACUUUUACAAAGCAUAUAUAUUCAGGACUUAGAAAAUAGCAGUACACAUUUAAUAAUAGAGUUAUAUAUCAAGAUGUUUUACUUUGGGAUUUAGAUGUGUUUUGUGACAGAUGAGAAUAUACAAAUCAUGCAUUCUCUUAAUUGACAAUUUGUUAGAAUUUCAGGAUUACCUGGUAUCCCCAUAGAAUGUUAUGGGAUCUUUGGGACUAAAUACUACAAGCAGCUCUUUGUAGCAGUGUUUGCACUGAAUGUUUUAGAGUCAUGGUUGCUGUCUUUUUAAUUCCUUCUUUGUCUUUUCCUACUGUGGUGAUUAAGGGUCCUGUUGUGGUUUUGGAAUUAGCCCUUAUGAUCCAGGCAUAGAAGCACACAGCUGCAAUUGAAGGAGGAAACUGAUGGUUGUGACUUUAAAACCCAGCCUGGACUGCAGACCAUGCUCCAUGCUAGUCUUGCUAUUACGUAAGACCCUGUGUCCUUCCCUUUCCCCAGUUCAUCUCCUAUCGACUUUAAAGUCCUCAUGUCAUCAAGCAGAGCAUUUACUUGAGUAUAUUAUCGUGCAGUUCCUCAUCUAGUCCCAUAAUGAUCUUUUGUGCCUCAGUGAAUCUACUUGUAAACUCCAAGCUUCUCUCUUAGAAAACCCAGUGUGUACUGCUAUUUUUAGAACCAAAAAGCAUGACUAUGAUUGGAGCAUUUUUCUCAGCCUUUCCUUUGUCUUGAUCUAUUGUCAAUGCGAAUAAAACUGCCAGACUUAAAAUACUCACUAUUGUGCUAAAACAGUUUAGAUUGUACAUAACUUUGCAGUGUAACUCAGCUGUCUCCUUAAGGAUUGUGUUAGAUAUAAGACUGUUUGCAGUCCUUUUUUCAGAGCAAAUCCUAACAGGUACUUGUGAAUUGUUUUAGAAAUAGAAAAUUACAGAAAUCUUAAUUUGGGGUGGGAGCUUAAAGGGAGAAAUACAAAACAGGACCAAAGUUUAUGUGCCUUCUUCAGUAGUCUUAAUUGACCUUUUCCUAUUUGAGACUAAGGUAGCACUGGUAUUUUGGUUUUCAGGAAAUAUCUACUAUAUAGAUUAAGAGACUAUUGUCCCACAAACUGGUCAUACAAGUGAAUAGUUACGACUGAGUAAAAAGUCAGUUACACUUAUGCCUUCAGCACAUAAUGCAAAGAGCAUUCAUUGUACCAGUUGAAGAGCAGAACUGCUCUCAGUCUUUAUGGUAGUCACCAUAGCUUUCGCAGCUCGUCAGGGGCCUUGGUGUUGAUAGCAGUCAUAACUGAAAGCUGCUCAUAGCAAAUUUCACUUCACACUGCCAGCAGAGGUUUGUUGGUAUGUCCUUUGUAAGAACAGGUAUUUUAGGUAGAAGGUUUUUGGGUUUGGUUUUGGUUUGGUGUCUUUAAGACUAUCAUCCUCUAGUCUUUUUUGUUUCUUGGUUGUCUUUUGUUAUUUGUUUUUUUUUCCUUGCCACUCGUUGUUACCCAGAUCUUUAAAAACACAUCCCAUAUCCAGGAAGUCCUAAUCACCAAGAUUGCUGACCACACCAAGUUUUACACUGAAGUUUCACCUCAUUGCUCUGACCAAAGACUGCUUGUUCUGGUUUUAACUCAAAGGUGAAGCAUUUUCCCUGAGCUCUUUCCUAAAAGAUCCCAUGCAGAGCGGCCUUGACUUUUCCUUUCCUAUUGGUGAAUAGACUACUUAGAGAAAAUGGGAGUUGGCCAUGAACAGAGCGAGACAGAAGGAUGGACGGUUGUUUUCAGAACUGUAUUUGAGGAAGGAAUAGCACAGCUAGACACCUCACACAUUGUCUAAUGUUUUACAUGGUCUGUUCAUAAAAUUCCCUUUUCUGUUUGUAAGGAUGUUCAUCUAACAGAAGAAAAUGCUGUAAAUAUUUGUAACAACAUUUUUUAAACCAGGCCAAAAAGAAAAAAAAAAAGGUUUUCGGGAACAAGUUAACAUAUAAAGUGGUUUUAUAUAAAACAGCGAUUGUCUUGUAUAUUUUGAUAAGCAGCAGUACCAGAUUUCAUUUGUAAUACAGUUUGUGGUAUUGGAAGAAAAGGAUUCUGUGAUUGUCUAAGUGAAUUAUGUUAUAAAUGCAAAGAGGAGAAAAUAUUAAAAACCGUAUUUUCUAACUGUGUAGUGCAUGGUUACUUCAAGCUUCUGUACACUACAAUAUUGAUGCCACUUCCCUUAGGUUUGUAUAUUUGAUAACUGUUCCUUGGAAUCUCAGCCUCUUUUCCUAACACAUAUAGCAUUGUAGCAUGCCUUUUAAUAAAUGUCAUGGCAUCUGUACUCUCUUAA